AUGGCCACUUCCAUCGAAAUUGGUGUGGUCGGUGUGCCCGAGUGGUCUAAGGGGGCCAUGACCACUGGACGUUACCUGCUGCUCAGCAAGAACGAAACGGCAGCAUGUGAGACACUGGCCAGCACCAAGCGAGGCAGUAAGUACGACAAGUGCUGA